UGCAUCCUUAAAUUUUAUACAGGUUUCUCUUUUUACAUACUUUUCAUCUAGACCAUCAUCCCCAGAAACACUGCAUCACUUUCUCUUUUCGAGCAUUUUUUUUUUAAUUUCUCUCACUACCACUCUCAAACUUUGCAAUUCCUUUAAUUCCCUCACUAUUUAUAUUUCUUUCUAUGAUCUUCUAUAUAUUGAUCAACCCUAGAUGGAUCCUACUAAAAGAAAGCUAGCCUAUUCAUAAUUUCUCUCUUCUUUACAUUUAUAUAUAUCCCCCUCUCAACACCCGUUCGAAUCAUAAGGUACUCAUGAGAUAAUCAUUAUAUAAUCACAAAGAUUCGUUUGUUUUUCAGCUAUAUAUCCCCUAUAGCGCUCUUCCUUCGAAGUUUUCUCCCAUUCACUUCCUUAAUUUCCAUUUUACCUUCCUUAUUUUUCCUAUUUUGAUCAACCUCUUAAUUAGUCAUAUCUCUUUCCUUCUUUCUCCCUUGCUACUCGCAAACCUGACUGAAUUAUAUCUCCAUCUUCUUCAUGCCCUUAAGUUCCAAACACAUGAUGAGAGCUGCAUCUCCUUUUCCUGAUCUUUCAUUGCAGAUAAGCCCACCAGCAGUGCUGGAACCUAAAGAAACGGGCGAUGAUGGAGGACUAGCAAGAAAAGCCCUCUGCAGGGAUAGGAGCUCAGCCACAGAUUCUGAUAGUAGUGGAAGCGAUUUAAGCCAUGAAAAUGGUUUGUUCAAUCAAGACAGGAUCGCUUAUAAUCUUGGUCCUAGCCAACCAACUUUGAGCUUAGGGUUUGAUAUGGCAGAUUUGAGUUCUCCAUCAUUUCAACUACCAAGAAAUCUUAAUCACCUCCACCACCACAACCCCCCUCAACUCUAUGGGGGUGAUUUCAAGAGAAGUGCAAGAAUGAUUAGUGGAGUGAGAAGAAGCAAGAGGGCUCCUAGAAUGAGAUGGACCACAACUCUCCAUGCCCAUUUUGUCCAUGCUGUCCAGCUUCUUGGUGGCCAUGAAAGAGCAACACCUAAAUCAGUCUUAGAGUUGAUGAAUGUGAAGGAUCUUACCCUAGCUCACGUGAAGAGUCACUUGCAGAUGUAUAGAACAGUGAAGAGCACUGACAAAGGGUCAGGUCAAGGGCAGACAAAUAUGGGUUUGAACCAAAGGGCAAGGAUUCUUGAGGUGGAUGCUGCAGGUUUAUCGAGUGAAAAAGCUGAUGCCAGCAACUCUUCUCAAUCUCUCAAUAAUCCACCACCACCGUCACCACUACCUUCUGUACAAAAAAACCAAAGAAAUCCAGGGUCAUUAUCGAUGGCGAUAGAUGAGAAAAAUAGACCAAGCCUUGACUCUCUUACAUAUUCUGAUUUCAAUGCACAUGAUCAAUCCAAGGAAGACGGACAGAAGGCAACCCUACACAUGGCUGCUAAUAUGAAGGAGAGGUUGGACUCUAGCUCCUUGUCUUCUUCAGAUAUGUUGAUUAACCUAGAGUUCACCCUUGGAAGGCCAAGUUGGCAUUUGAACUAUGAUGAAUCUUCAAAUGAGUUAACCCUUCUCAAGUGUUGAAUAGGCUAACAAACUAUAAAUUUAUGAUUUAUCUAAUCAAUCCUCUUUUUAGUGGACGACA